GAACACAUCAGGAUGCCUGAACCCGCAAAAUCUGCUCCCAAGAAGGGCUCCAAGAAAGCCGUCACCAAGACGGCCGGUAAAGGAGGCAAGAAGAAGAGAAAGACCAGGAAGGAGAGCUACGCCAUCUACGUCUACAAGGUGCUGAAGCAGGUCCACCCCGAUACCGGCAUCUCGUCCAAGGCCAUGAGCAUCAUGAACUCGUUCGUCAACGACAUCUUUGAGCGCAUCGCCUCCGAGGCUUCCCGUCUGGCUCACUACAACAAGCGCUCCACCAUCACCUCCAGGGAGAUCCAGACGGCCGUGCGCCUCCUGCUGCCCGGUGAGCUGGCCAAGCACGCCGUGUCUGAGGGCACCAAGGCGGUCACCAAGUACACCAGCUCCAAGUAAACCUGCUGUUUACCAUCUAAACCACAAAGGCCCUUUUUAGGGCCACACAAAUAUAACUAAGUGCAUGAAACUUGUACAUUAACUAUUCGUUAUCGGAUUGCUUAAAUGCUCAUGUAAAAGGGAAUUACUACAUUGGUAUCCAUAAAAUCCUGUAAAGUACUUUUUGUAUUUCCUUUGUCAACUCAGGCUUUCUUAACUUGAAACAUUUAAAUAAAACAAGGAACAAAAUUAAUUUCAACUAAUUAAAAUUGUUUGCAUUGAAUGUUUUCUGCAAAAUUAAAUUGAUUU